AUGCAGAAGGCCUCCAUGCGCCAGGACUCGGUGGAGGAAGAGCACACGCACCGGCGCCGGCUGUUCGGGCGGGAGGCGGAGCACGUCAGCAUCACCCGCGACACGAACGAGUCGGAUCUGAAGCAGCGGCGGGAGAUCCGUGACGGCCGGGUGGAGUACGCGGACCAGCCGCCAGUCCGCGCCGCCCUGCACGGCAGGGUGCUCGUGCUCGAGGGCAUCGAGAAGGCGGAGCGCAACGUGCUGCCCCUGCUGAACAACCUCCUGGAGAACCGCGAGAUGCAGCUGGAGGACCGCAGGUUCUCCGCCUUCGUGGUGCCGCCCCUCUGCGGCGCGGACAUGUUGGCAGCGCUCGUGGCGCGCUCGCGGCCGCCCUUCGAGGUGCCGCCUGCCGACGCCGAGCGCCUCUGCGCCGCCGCCGACGCCCUGCAGGCCCGCGCGGGCAGACAGGCCGAAGAGUGCGCCACCGCCUCAGGCGCGCCACCGCUGGCAGUGCCCGAGGGCGGCGUCUUCAGCGCCGCCCGCCUGCUCGCGCUCUUCCCCGCGCUGGGUGCCGGCACCGCGCUGCGGCGGGUCUGCCCCCGCCUCGGCGCCGGCGCCUCGCGCUCGGCGCCGCCGAGGGCCCCCCCUGCGUCUGCGACGUGCGAGGAGGUCCACGAGGAGGAGGAGCUGGCGCUGGCUGCGGCAGGGUUGGCACCCGACGGCCUCGAGGCUGCCUCCGAGGCCAGAGGAGCCGAGUACCAGCUGGCGUCGGUCGUGCGCCGCGGCGGGGAGGGCGGGGAGCCCGGCGGCGAGCUGCUGCUCGCCUUCGAGCACGGCUCAGACCGGGUGGAGGUUGCUGCAGCGGCUGGGCGAUUGGCCCCCGCCGGGGGCUCUGCCCCGGCGCCGCCGCGGGACGCCUCUGCCCGCAUUCCAGAGCAGGCACUGGGCGCGGAGGGCGAGGACGGGGAGCGCACGACGGUGGUGGCGAAGCUCUCGGUGAAGGAGCUGAAGGCGUGGCUGGCAGCGCGGGGAGUGAAGCACCACGACUGCUUCGAGAAGUCCGACCUCGUGCGCAGGGCCGAAGAGCAAGUGCCAAUUGCCGCCAGAGGUGCUGAAUCGAAGGCCCGCGGUGUCCUCGCUGCAGCGCUGCCAGGAGGGCUCACGCUGACACCCUCGCAGGCGAGGGUUGCGUGCGCAUUAUUCCAGGAUCACGCUGCUGGGAUGGACUUCUGCGUCGUCGGGGACAAGGGCGUGGGGAAGAGCGUGGUGGUGAAGGCUUUUGCAGAAGUGCUGGGGUAUCGCCAACACGUUGUCUUCUGCUACAGGGACAUGAUCUCGCGUGACCUGCUUCAACGUCGCGGAACGAAUGCUCAAGGCAGCACAGUGUGGUACGAUUCGCCACUGGUGGAGGCGGCGCUCACCGGUGGCCUGGCCGUGCUGGAUGGUGCACAGCGGCUGGCACGCGGCACGCUCGCCGCGACACUCGGACCACUGCUGUGCGACCGGGAUGCCGCGAUGCCCGACGGCUCGCGGCUAGUAGCUCCGUCGCGCUGGCAGCGCCUCCUGGCGGCACGCUCGCUGCCAGCCGACUGCUGCUGCUUCGAGGAGGCCGGCGUGCGCUUCCGCAGGGUCCACCCCUGCUUCCGCUGCGCGGCCAUCGCCGAGCCCUCCGGGGUGGGCGAUGCAGCGUGGCCGGACGACGAGGUCGCGUGCCUCUUCCACUUCCACGCCUGCGAGCCGCUGCCAGCGGAGGAGCAGUUGCACCUGGCAGCUCACGGCGACACGGAUCCGCGGGUCUUCCGCGGCCUCUUCCGGUACACCGAGCAGAUGAGCAAGGCGGCGGUGGACGACCCGAGCCUGGAGCCCCUACGGCCGAGCCUGAGGGUGCUGCUGCGAGUCUCGCGCCACCUGCGGCAGCGCCCCGGGGACGUCGCGGGAGCGCUGGAUCGGGCGUUCUCGGCCUGCCUGCGCUUCCUGCCGCUCUCCAAGCAGGAGGCCGUCCACCGGCUCCUGGUGGAGUCCAUGCAGGCCGCGGGCGCCCCCGCCGCGGGCUGGCAGCUGCGCCGCCGAGCAGCCGCCGCCGCCGACGAGGCGGAGACCAGGGGGCGGCGCGAGCGCCUGCGGCAGCUGGAGAACGUCGCCAUCCAGGCGCGCAUGUUCGGCGGGGGCACCGAGGUGGACCGGGCGCGCGAGCGGGCGGACCGCGAACGGGCGCGCGAGGCCGAGCGGCGGCUCGAGGACAUGCGGCGGCGGGCCUCGGCGGUGGCCUGGGCCGACGCCCCGCCGGCCCCGGGCGAGGGGUCGCGGCAGCGCGCGGCGUCAGCGCACCCGCGGCCCGGGGAGGCCGCGCUCCCGGAGGCCGUGGACGGGAUGGCCCGCGUCGGCGACGCGAGCGCGCCGCUGCGCAGCCCCCGGCAGCCGGAGCUGCACGUGGCUGUGCUGCGCGACAUGCUCCUGGACUGGUCGCUCGGCCACCACCUCCUCCUGGUCGGGAACCAGGGCGUGGGCAAGAACAAGCUCACCGACCGCCUCCUGAGCCUCCUGCGGUGCGAGCGCGAGUACGUGCAGCUGCACCGUGACACCACGGUCCAGAGCCUGACGCUCUCGCCCACGCUGGAGGCGGGCGUGGUGACCUGGAGGGACGCGCCGCUGGUCCGCGCAGCCCGCGAGGGGCGCUGCCUCGUGGUCGACGAGGCGGACAAGGCGCCAGUGGAGGUCGUCUGCGUGCUGAAGGCGCUGUGCGAGGACGGCGAGCUGGCCCUGCAGGCGGCCACGUCCGUGCCUGUGGCCGAGGGCUUCCGCAUGAUCGUGCUCGCGAACCGGCCGGGCUACCCUUUCAUACAGGGAAGGUCCGGGGAGCUGCGGUAUAGGUGCCUUCUGCCUUCCCCGUGCGUGGGCAACGAUUUCUACCGCGUGUGCGGCGACGUGUUCUCGUGCCACGUGGUGGACAACCCGGACAUCGAGAGCGAGGUGGCGCUCCUGCGCAGCGUGGGCCCCGACGUGCCCAGGGGCCAGAUCGUGCAGUUGUCCCUGCUCUUCGCGGAGCUGCGGGAUCUUGUGGAAGUCGGUCAGCUGGCAUACCCCUACUCCACACGGGAGCUCGUCAAGGUGGUGGAGCAUUUGCAGCGCUUUCCAGAAGAUCCUCUGGAGCAGGUGCUGGCGAGCGUCUUCGCUUUCGACAUGGACGAUGUGCAGAAGCGGCAGCCGCUCCUGGAAGUGCUCCGGAGACACCAGAUCGCUGUGGACGGCGCCGGAGAGGCGUUGUUGGAGGGCUAUGCCCAUGGGGACCUGUCUUUCAAGCUGGAAGAAAAUCGCGACAGAUCCAAAGACGUCACAAACCCUCACAACGCCGACGGGCAUGCCCCGCCAGACAUCCAUCCGGACGGCCCCAAGCAUGGCGAAUGGGACGGCCAGGAACACAUUGGCGGCAACCGCUUCGCAGGCGGCAGCGGCGGCACUGGCACUGCCGGUCUUGGCGGGCGUUGGGGGCCUUACCGCCUUGACGUGGGCCAGAAGUUGGUCAUGGUGCCAGAGGAACUGAAGCAGGGCAUAGAUGAACAGACCAAGAGGAAGGCGCAGCAGAUGGCAGACGAAGCCUACAAGAAGCGGCUGGAGGAGCUGAAGAUGUCUGAGGGCGAGGCGGAGCUGUACGCUGCGCUGCGCCAGAACGUCGCGACACAAAUCCAGGAGAUGAAGGUCUGCCUGGAGGGGCACGAGGCACGCGAGCACGAGAGGCAGUGGUUGAGAAACCAAACCCACGGAGAGCUUGACGACAGCCGGCUGGUCGACGGCAUCACCGGCUCCGCGAACGUGUACACACGACGCGGGGAGCCGGACACUGGGGCAUUCGGCGCGUCCCAAAAAUCACCGAAGCGGAUCACGUUCGUCAUGGAUAUCAGCGGGAGCAUGUACACCUUCAACCGCAUCGACCGCCGCUUGCAGCGGCUCCAGGAGGUCGCCACCUUCAUCUUCGAGAGCUUCGCGGGCCUCGAGGCCAAGUACGCCUACCGCAUGGUGGGUCACAGCGGCACCGGCCCCGAGGCCGAGCGCCUCGUGGACUGGGGGCGGCCGCCGCGGACCGAGAGGGAGCGGCUCGCGAUCGCGCGGCGCAUGGAGGCGCACGCGCAGUUCUGCCACCCCGGCGACCACACGCUCGAGGCCACGGCGGCGGCCGUGCGCGAGAUCGGCCGCCUGCCAGCGGACGAGCGCCUCGUGUUCGUGGUGAGCGAUGCGGACCUGCAGCGCUACGGCAUAGACGUGCGGAGGUGGGGCGAGAUCCUGCAGAAGGACCCGUCCGUGCAGGCCUACGUGAUCCUGAUAUCUAACAACGUCGACGAGGCCGAGCGGAUCAAGGCGACGCUGGCUCCCGGCAGGGCGCACAUCUGUGCGGAGACGGCGAGCUUGGCGGUGACGUUCAAGCAGAUCUUUCAGGAUGGCAUGCUCAGAGGCUCGUGA